UUGAAGGGAGACGCCAAAGCGGCGGCUGCUAGACAGGGGGAUCAAACCCGCAGUGUGCUGGAUGCAUUUCACAGCCGUGCGGAAAAAUUGGCUUGUCUGGCAACUGGAGGGACGCUUACUACACUAACAUAAGCUGCAUUUGGUUGAAAAGUCGUGAAGAUAUUCGGUCGGGGCGUCUUGAAUGCUAGCAAGCUGGCGCCGGGGCUAGCGCUUAAAAAACGCUAAAGUUAAGCUAAGCUAAUAGUGGACUAAAUUUACCUGAGAAGACUGCGAUCCUGGGCGAGGAAAGAAGAGAAAACGCCGAAAUGAGUCAAACUUCUACAAGGUUCCGAGCAGCUUAACCGGAUUUUACAGCAGUUCUGUGUUGCAAUGAGGAGCCCCAGAGUCCAGCUCUGAGCGCUCAGAGGCAUGAACUCAGUUUCCCCCAGCGCAGCACAGUACAUAGGGGGAGUGAUGCAGGAUGAGCUGGUGGAGAAUAGGAGGCAGCAGCCCAUGGAGCGGCAGGGCAGCUUUGGUCUCAGGCUGCCUCAGACUCCAGAUCCCAGCAGAGAGGCAGCCGGAGAGCCUGAUGAAAUGGACAAACUGAAAGCCAAACUGAUGUCAGCAUGGAACAACGUCAAAUAUGGUUGGACUGUUAAAUCCAAAACUUCCUUCAACAAGAUGUCACCCGUCACUGUCCUGGGACACUCUUAUCUACUCAACAGUGAGGAUGAGGUGGAGCGGUUUCGCCUGGCUUUUGUUUCCAGGGUAUGGCUCACAUACAGGAGGGAGUUCCCUCAGCUGGAGGGCUCCACUUGGACCACAGACUGUGGUUGGGGCUGCAUGCUGCGCAGUGGCCAGAUGCUGCUGGCACAGGGACUCCUGGUUCAUUUGAUGCCAAGAGAUUGGGCUUGGCCAGAUGCUCAGCAGCUAACCGAUGUGGACUUUGAGGUGUUCAGACCACGUUCCCCAGCUCGGGCUGGUGGCGUCCCCAUACCUUCUUUUGGCUCUCCACGAGGAUCUAACACCCCUGAAAAGUCUCUGCCAAGCGACCAGGUGCCCAAAUGCAGCCAGAAGAAGAGACCUGAGUGUGCUAGGGACAGACAAGCAGAGCCCAUCCACCACAAGUUGGUGACGUGGUUCGGGGAUCAGCCCCCGGCACCUUUUGGAGUUCACCAGCUGGUGGAAAUCGGCAAAAGUUCAGGGAAGAAGGCUGGUGACUGGUACGGCCCCUCUGUAGUGGCACACAUACUACGGAAAGCAGUAGCCAAAACCGCUGUUGUUCACAACCUGGCUGUGUAUGUGGCUCAAGAUUGUACAGUGUACAAAGAGGAUGUGUUGCAUCUAUGUGAUCUGUCACUAAGCCAGACUCCUCCUGAUCCGUCCAGCCAAGCCUGGAAGUCUGUCAUCAUACUGGUGCCUGUCCGACUGGGAGGGGAGGCCCUCAACCCAUCUUACAUUGAAUGUGUCAAGAACAUCCUAAAGCUGGAGUGUUGUAUUGGAAUCAUCGGAGGAAAACCGAAGCAUUCACUCUACUUCAUUGGCUUCCAAGACGAGCAGCUGCUGUAUCUGGAUCCUCACUACUGCCAACCUGUGGUGGAUGUAACACAAGUCAACUUCUCACUGGAGUCCUUCCACUGUACCUCUCCCAAAAAGAUGCCCUUCAACCGCAUGGAUCCCAGCUGUACCAUCGGCUUUUAUGCCAAGAACAAGAAGGACUUUGAGUCUCUGUGUUCUGCUGUUAGUGUGGCCCUGUCAUCAUCCAAGGAGAAGUACCCCAUCUUUACCUUUGUAGAGGGCCAGAGUCAGGACUAUGGACUUGAGGGUCACAGCAGCAAUCACAGUGGAUCUGCAGCCCACAUCCUGCCCCCGGGAAAACUGGGCAGGAGUAACAACAGAAGAAACAGUGAUGAGUUUGUGUUCCUUUAAGUCUCAGGGGGAUGCUCUCCCAGCUCUCACCUGUAGGGGGCAGAAAGGGAACGGUUUGUUUCCUUUCAAAUGGAAGAACUCAUCUGUUGCAGCUGCAAGGUGGACAUGAUGCUUUUGUGCUUUAUCACCCUCACUGGUGAACAGAAAUAAAAAAAAACUGUGUGGUUCCUGUCAUCACCUCUCUGUGGAUGAGUAUUAUAAGCUAUUAGGGCAUUAGGGUUGGAGCAUAACUUUACUGGGCAAAGGCACGAUUUUAAAAUGGAUCAUGGUUAGAAAUGUUUCAUUUAGUAUUCAUGAUUCACUUUAUCACACACCCAAAAGAAAAAAAACCCUUGGACAUGUUGGAGCAAAAUCAAGCGCUUUAAAGUCCUCAACUCAGUUACAACUCAACUACUGUGUUUUCUUUGGUCUUAACUGGACACACUGGAGAUGAUGUGUGGUCUACAUAAUAUGUAAUGAGCUCACUGGUCAGGUGAGCGGCUGCCUGACAUUGUUCUUGACUUGUAUUAUAUACCAGCUGCUGUACAUCUCCUUUUUUUCCCCCCUUAUUUAUCAGGUUUCUGAAUGUGAUUGUGAGUGUUUGCGUGUGAGUGAGUGUUUGGGUUAGUGUAGUUUAUUCGUU